GUCCUCAAAAAAUGAGUCCAAUAAGCCUUUAAAAUAACCUCGAUAGUAACGAAUAAAUGUCUACUUCAUGUAUUUGCAAUUACAAAAAGAAAGAUAACAUGUGAUUGUUAUAUUCGUAACAACUAUUGGUGCCAUGUGUGCCAGUAAAUUACAAGGACAAGCCAAGCUUUUAACACAUUAUAUCGCACCUACAGUUAGUCAAAAUGCCAACUCGGGAAAUCUUGUCAUGCACUCAAAUUUUAUUCUUCAUGGUACUAACAAGUUUCAUGAUUCAUCACAUGUUACGAGUAAACAUCGCGAUAGCAAUAGUCGAGAUGGUAGUCAAGCCCAACACAACCACCCCAACUGAAGAAAAUUUUGGCCCAAAAUAUGCAUGGAAUGAGCGUGAAAAAAACGAUUUGUUCGCAUGGUUCUUUUGGGGUUUCUUAAUUACUCAAAUCCCUGGUGGACGCUUUUCGGAAAUAGUCGGUUCCAGAAUUGUUUUAGGUCUUGGAAUUCUAGUAGCAAGUGUUGCAACUCUACUUCUUCCUUUGUGUUGCAACGUCCAUUACUACCUAGUUGUAGCGUCAAGAUUUUGUGUGGGGCUGGGGUUAGGGGUGCACUGGCCGGCUAUACCACCUAUUGCAAUCAGAUGGUCCUCUUCUGCAACAGCAAGGACCAUGUUCAUGACCCAUUUAUUUGCUGGUUCUUUAGGAGCUGCGAUAGUAUUGCCCGUUUCUGGUCAUUUGAUAGCUUAUGUAGGGUGGCCGAGUGUGUUUUACGUCACUGGGGGUAUGGGAGUCUUAUGGUCAGUAAUGUGGUUUUAUUUGAUUUAUGACUCUCCCGGACAACAUCCUCGAAUAAGCGCGAAAGAGAAAGAAAUUUUGGAACAAAAAAUCCGCAAUGAAAUAACUCCACAAGUACGACAUAUACCAUGGAUUAAAAUUUUUACGUCUUUGCCAGUGUGGGCAAUUGUGGUAGCUAACGCUUCUAUUUGUUUUGGGUUUUACAUUAUAUUUAAUCAUUUGCCAACGUACAUGAGUUCUGUGCACAAUGUUGAAAUUGAAAAAAACGGGUGGAUUUCCAGUUUACCUCACUUGGGAAGGUACAUUACAACAGUAGCAGUUUCAUAUCUGGGAGCACGAAUGUUACAUAAGAACAAAUUCUCGACACUUACAAUCAGAAAAUUUCUGAGCGUGGUGUGUUCCUGGAGUGCUGUGCUAUUAUUUGGAAUGGAAGCUUUAUUCGGUUAUCAUUACUACGUUACAAAUUUUGUUUCCAUUACUUUCUUUCUUUUCUUGAGCCUUUCUAUUCCCGGAAUGAUUGUGAAUAUCUUAGACAUUUCGCCUGCAUUUUCCGGUACCAUUAUAGGGUUUAAUCAAGUUAUUGUUUGUUUGUCGGGCAUUACUUCUGCAAAAGUUGUUGCUUUCUUUACAGCGACAAAACAAUCUUUUGAACAGUGGAGAUAUGUUUUUAUAAUUGUGGCAAUAGUUAAUUUUGUAGGAGGUUUAUUUUUCUUAAUUUUUGCAUCUGCUGAUGUGCAAAGUUGGAACCCAAAAGAAAAUGUGUCCCAAAAGAAAAAUACACUAUUAAAUGACACAACUUCAAAAGACCAUGAAGAAUUUUAAUGUUUAUUUUGUGUAGAUUUUGUUUACCAAUAAAUAUUUUUUUUAUA